CUAGAACACCCCACCCAGCCCAGGAAUGCUCCCAUUGAAAAGCGUCAGGGAGUUCAAUGUAGUAGGUGAUUAAAAUCCAAGCGUCAGUUCGCUUUACACUACUGUAGACCGGACGGAGGUAAUGCUCCUCGGCUUCUACGCUGCUACAAUCGCAUUCUGUUUGUCUCAGGAGGAGUGGAUGUGGAGAUGGUGAGCAUACGAAGACGCAAACUUAUAGGACGUCCGACUGGGUUUGUAGGAAGAGGUUCAUCUUCAGCUAUGCAUCCUAGUAUUCCUGAUGCCCAAGUUCCUAAAUAUCCUGAGCGCGGUGGCAAACUUGCUAACAUGCGUCACAUACCCUUAGUUACUCUCAACCAACCUGUUGAGGUGAAGGAAGGAAAGGACACUUUAACAAAUCCACCAGCAAAGAAACAGAAAGUACAUGUCCAAAUUGAUCCAGAGAACCCCAUGGAAGUGCAUGCGUACCUAAUGCAGCUGAAGGAAGAUAACAAAUUGGAACCUGGACCAAUGCAAAGGAGUGAAAAAAUGUCAGUGAAGGAGUUGAUGGAGAAGUGUUAUCCCCACAUUUUUAGAGUGUUUCCUCAAGAUCCGAAGGUGAUUCUUGAAUUUCCUAACAAAUCAGAGCAAAAUGAAUUCUUAUAUUGUCAGUAUUGGCUUUUCCUCUUUGAGGUGAGGGACAUAGUUUCAAUAGACAAAAGCGUCGCACCCGAACAUGUGGAGUCAUUAGUAAAGGUGAUAAAAAAUUUGGAGAAGCAAGGUUUUGACUGUAGAUUCUUAAGGUCAGAAUUGGUAGUGGUAGGGUACAAGAUGAAAAAACAGUUAGAAAUUACGUUGGCAGAGAAAAGUGUGAUCUCAACAAGGACAACAAGUCUGGAGAGAGAAUUGCAAGCUGCAGCAAGAAGGAAGGACAGGGAAGCAGAAUUGGAUAAGAGAGGAAAUCAGAUAGAAGGAAUGACCCCAGAGAUUGAAACAUCGUCGAAGCCAGAACUGGAUCAAGAUAACAGGCUGGGAGAGUUGAAUAAGCUUCCUUCUACUGCUUUAGAGCAAGAGUUUGUUCAAGUAAUUCUAGAACGCCACAAGAAGAUGCUGGAAUGCAAGGAAGAAGAAGAGAGAAGACUUGAUCGAGUUCUGGAGAAAAUUAACCAACUUCUCCAAGACAAAGCUUUUCCAUAGUAGUGAAUCCUUCUAAUGGUGUAGCAUUUUGCAUGCCCUUUUUCCUUUGGGGGUAAUAGCUAACCAUUUGUAGAGUUGCUUGCUUUUCCUGAAAAUGGUUCAUGUCACAUGUGUAUCAGAUUUGGCGCCUUAAAUCUUUACUCCUGCCAACCAAUGAGUAAACGAAUUGUGUAUUUGAUAGUUGGCAAAAAGAAUUCUCAACAGGCAAUAGUUCUAGUGAGAUGGCAGAUAAUUAAAGCUAAA